ACUUGCGACGGCAAUUCGCUGUUCGUCGGUUACAUGAUAUCAAUUUGAUUCAUUCACAGACAUUAUAAAUACGAGACGUGACUUCAGAGAAUUUUGGUUGAUAUCCUAGCCGUCAGGGUCAUGCGCUAAAGGAUUUCAUGGCAUUUAUCAAUAAACGACUUCUGUCUCGGAAGACAAAGACGGUUUUAAAAGCGCUCAGUGUAUUGAUUUUAUGUAACAUCCUCGUAAUAUGGUAUAUGGGAUUUCACGCUGCUCAUAAACAGGUAUUAUUAAAAGAAGGAGAAAUCCAUUUGAAGGAAAGGACAGUCGUGGACAUAGAGAUAUACAAGUUGAAUGAAACUGGACCUCCUAUAUACAUGGGCAAAGAUUUUUCAGAAUUUAUUCACAGAAUGAAUGCGAAUUAUAAAAGAGCAUUCAGUUAUUCUGCUUCGGACAAGGUUUCAGGAGCAAAAAAUGUCGAUAUUAAAAACGAUUAUUAUCCCUUUGUUGAUUUUAAGUUCGUCUUGCCAGACGUUGCGCCCACAAUCAACAUAUCGCAAAGUUAUGCUAUGAUUGUUUUGGUGAAUUCUGGCGCUAAAGGAAAUAAGUUCAGAAAACGUCGCGAGGCCAUCCGACAAACCUGGGGAAACCAAAGUAACUGCGAACAACGUAAAGCUUCGCAAGAUGAAAGAUUAAAACACUUAAGAUGGCUGCUCGUAUUUGUUGUUGGAAAAGCAGGAAGUCGAACGAACGACGAUGAAUUGAAUAUCGCUGAAGCUCGACAACACAACGAUAUGUUGAUUGGAAAUAUCACAGACAACUAUAUUAACAAUGUUAUCAAGUUUUACAUGGGUCAGGUUUGGGCGAGUAGAUUUGAUGUAAAAUACACGAUGAAAACAGACGAUGAUGUUUACGUGCGCAUACCACGCGUGUUGGAGUAUCUUGUGCAUGCGAAGUUUCCAAGACCGUUUUACGGUGGUGCAACUUACCCCUCUAUCAGGGUGGAUCGAUCUAUCGGUGGAAAGUGGGCAGUUAGUUGGAAAUACUAUAACAAGACUCAUUUCCCGAGGUUUAAUCCUGGGGCAUUCUUUAUUUUAUCCAGCGAUCUUCUCAACAGACUAUGGAACUAUACUUGUGUGAGAAAACCAUUUCACACAGACGAUGCGUACGUGGGGGUCGCCAUGCAGGAUUUCAAGGUCAAUAUAACUAAAAUGCAUUCAUUCAGAGCAAUACCCAGAAUGCCGCAGUUCAUACGCUCUGUCAAAGACUGUGAAAUGAUGAAUUGCACUGCAUUUGGGGACGCCGUAGACCCGCAGUCGGCCAGGCAACUUCACCGUCGUCUUCAGUCACAUUCUUGUUCAAAUAUCACUAUGAAAUGUUGACGACUUAUUUUCUCUUGUUUAAAUGGCUCUACUAUUUCCUAACGCUGCACAGAGCCACAAAAUACCUAUCAGAAGAAUAACUCUAUAUUAUUUUUUCGUAAGUGUGAUUCGUCAUGAUUCGUCACUUAGCAAGUGCAUUAAAUUGAGGUAGUCACCCCCCUGCCAAAAUUUAGCAAUAUACCCCGCGCCAUAUUGCUAAACUUUGGCAGGGGGGUGACUGCCUCAAAAAAUGCACUUGCUAAGUGACGAAUCAUGACGAAUCACACUUACGAAAAAAGUACAGGAGUUCUACUUCUGAUAGGUAUUCUGUGGCUGAGGUGCACGUGGGAGUCACAAGUGAAAAUAUUCACGGGUUCCAAAUUUAGUCAUGAGGAAUUUUUGUAUGACAGCUUAGCCUUAGAAAAAAAAAUGAUAAUAAGUAGUAUCCGCAUAUUUCAAUCUUCUUAUCUUCAUUUUAAGAAUAUUAUUUUUCAAUAUUGAGGCCCUUGUCCAACGAAUGGGAAAGUGCUUGAGAAUUGUAUGAAAGCUGGAUAGCGCUAUCUACCGCGCGGAUAGUGAUUUUUUCAACCGUUCUAAAAAUUCUCGAAAAGCGAUCAAAUUUUAUCUUUGGGAUGAACAAUUAUUAAAGACGAUCCUGAUUUAGCAAUACUAAGAUUUAAUGAAAGUAUAUAGAGCAAACAACGUGUCUUAGUAUGUCUUCACUUCCAAUAAUAUGCGAUAUAGAUAAACUUGUAUUUUUGAAUAGCUUUUUUUUAAUAUCUGUACAGUCGGCAUCUAUCUCGAUAGUGGCAUAAAUCAUUUUGCCGUUUUUAUCCAAGGUAUUUACAUAAUGAUAAUUAAAUCUGUCCAUGUAUGGGGUAAAAUAUAGAUUAAACUUUUGAUUAAAUCUUAGUAUUUGUAAAUUAAUUAGGGAUCCUCUUUAACACUGAAAUUAAAUAAUAAUUGCAUUGUUGGUUCCAAAGCUGAAAUUUUAUUGCUCUUUGAGAAUUUUUGGAACGGUUG